AAGUCAAGAUUUUCGUUCACAUUAAACAAAUUUUUGUAUUCUGUUCAUGUCCUUUAAAUUUUGAAAAUAUGAGCAAAAUGCUAAUCUAUAAAAUUUUUGUGGUUGUAUUUAUAUAGCCGGCAGGGUUUACAACUUCUCUAUAUGACAAGAAUCCUUCUGCUUCUUCAAUGGCAGAAUUAAGAGACUCCCAAAUAGCUUUAAAGUUUCGGUUUUUUCAAGUCUAUCAAAAUGGCCGCAUCCAGUUAUUUCGGUCUCACUGGGACAAGAUUCCACCGUACGAUGACCCCAUUACCGGCGUCCGAUCAAAAGACGUAACCAUCUCAUCAGACCCUCCUGUAUCCGCCCGUAUUUUCAUGCCUAAUCUCAGAAACCCAAACCACAAGUUCCCUCUUUUAUUCUACAUUCAUGGCGGCGGCUUCUCCAUGAUGUCUGCCUUUUCUAAAGAAUACCAUCACUUCUGCAGCAGAGUUUCAGCUCAAGCUAACGUCAUCGUCGUGUCGGUCGAGUACGGACUCUUCCCGGAGAGACGCUUGCCCGCUUGUUAUGAAGACUCAUGGGCUGCGCUUCAGUGGGUGGCAUCUCACGUAAAUGGAAACGGACCCGAGCCUUGGCUAAACAAUCAUGUUACUUUCAAUAAAGUUUUCUUCGGUGGAGAUAGCGCAGGCGGGAAUAUCUCACAUACUUUGGUGUAUCGGGUCGGGGCAAUCGGGUUACCGGGUGUGAGAGUUGAUGGGGUGAUUCUAAUUCAUCCAUUUUUUGGUGGGACGGAAGACGAUGAGAUGUGGCUAUUCAUGAAUCCGAUUCACGGUGGGUUGCAAGAUCCGAAACUGAAUCCGCCGGCAGAAAAUCUGGCUAAGCUUGGGUGUGAGAGAGUGUUGAUAUUCGUGGCUGAGAAAGACUAUCUGAAAGUUGCAGGUAAAAAUUACUAUGAAGAAUUGAAGAAAAGUGGAUGGAGAGGCAGAGUUGAGCUUGUUGAAAAUCAUGGCCAACAUCAUUGCUUCCAUUUGCGCCACUCUGCAUACGAAGAGGCGGUGGAGUUGACCAAUAAAGUUGUUUCAUUUCUAAAAGCAGAUUGGUAGAUUAAUGUACCAGCCAGCUCAAUGUUAAUUUGGUAGUCUCAGCCUCGUGAAGAAUCUUUCUAAAAAACUUUGUCGUAUUAAUAUCGGCAUCUACCCAAUCAUCUGUCAACCAUUCAGAAAUACAGAAUUAUUUUAUUUUAA